UUUUACCUUAAUAAUUUUUAUAAAAUGCCUAGAUGAUCCUGAAAUGGAAAAUAAAGAUCCUACAUAAAUAGAGAAACGAGAAACGUCUAACUAUCGUUUAGUUGAAGUUUCCAUAAAUUAUGUUUUUACUAAAGCAAACAGUACAAUAUUCUCGAAUAGGAAGCAAGGUAAUCCCGAGGACUACCAAAGAGUUGGCAGUUGUAAACGAGGAUGGUGCACCUGGAGAUGAGUGGUUCGCCGUCACAUUCUCACACACUCACUGUAAAUGAUCUGCCAAAUGAAUUACUUAUUUAUAUUUUUUCUAUGAUAGAUUUUGAGUCUCUGUUGUCUGUGGCGAAUGUGUGUAUGAGAUGGCAGCAGCUAUGUUUGACUCCAUGCGUGUGGGACAAUACACGACUAAUAGUAUGUAUGAAGAACUAUGUGAGAAUCAGUGAUAGUAUUGUGCCUUUUGUUUCUAAAUACUUAAAAAAUGUCAAAUUGCAGUAUUUUAAAUUGUAUUCUCAAGUUAGGACAUCAUUAAUAAGCUACUGUCCUAAUUUGACCCAUUUAGAAAUAAGUAUAUCCCAGGUGGACAGCUGUAUAUUCGAUGAUCUAGGUCAUUGGCCUAAUUUAAAAUUUUUGAGUUUUCGCAAUUCAUUGAUAGUACAAAAUGCAGAAAACGGGAAUGGCAAUUUUGUUUAUCAUUUGCCAUUUGAGAAAUUAAAGCAUCUGGAAACUUUGAUAUUAUCAAACUUUGCAUUGACGCAUGGUAGUCUGUACAGCAUGCUGCAGUGUGUCCACUUAGAUAGAAUCAAUAUGGAAAAGAUGAAAAAUAUCCCUGCAGAAUUUUUGGAGAAUUUAUUGAAAACUAAACAAAACACUUUACGAGCCCUGCAUAUAUACGGGGACACAUUGAACGAUGAUAUCAUGCGUUCUAUAUCCAAGUGUAGGCACCUCCAAGUUCUCCACAUCAUGACUUGUAAAACUUUGUUCGACUCGAGUUUACUUCAUUUGUAUAGAUUGAAAAAUUUACACUCUUUGAAAUUACGUCACGGGUACUUCUCUACAAAUGCGUUAAUUGCUUUCUUCUCAAACAAUAUUUUUCAAAACCUUACCUACUUAAGCUUGUCGAGAUGUCUACAUGUAACUAUGCAAGUUGCUAAAAUUAUCAAAACCAAUGCUCCUAAUCUUAAAGAAUUAUCUUUCUACCUAUGUCCAUUUAUAAUUGCCCCAGACUUUAAGAGAUCAGAACUGCAAAACAUGUUCAAUAUAGAGUUGUUACUAGACUAAAUCAAAGGUUGUUAGAAAUAUAUAAUGCAGCUAGUGUGUCCUUAUAAUAUUAAGCUCCUGAUUCUGAGCAGCAGAAC